CUGUCUCUCAUGUGCCGUUCACGCUGCAGAAGUCAACUGUUGCACUAGAUGGCACCUCUGUGCAGCCAGCAGCCUCCAUGUGUCAUUUGUGACAGAGAGAGCCACUGGCAACAUACAAGGAGCAGAUUUGGAUUCAGAAAGAAGAGAAGAGAGGAAUAGAGGCACAUCUGGCCCUACAGGAAUAGGUGUGCAAUUCUCGCCUUCAGAACAAGUUGUGAAGUCAGCCUGCAGUGGAGUGACACGUUUCUGAAGCUCUGAGUUACAUCUCUGUACCUCGACUGCUGCUUCAACAUGAACGACAUGGAGGAUGAGUUCUCUGAUUUCCUGCACAAUCAAAGCUUUAUGUUCAACGAGACGGCAGCUAACGCCAGCUCCACCUACACAGAGGUGAUGUCGCCGGUGAUGGACAAAAUCAUCAACAUCUUAAUGUCUGUGGUCAUGUUCACCACCAUGGUGUCAAUGGGAUGCACCAUGGAGCUGCUCAAGAUCAAGCAUCACAUAAUGAAACCGAAGGGCGUGGUGAUAGCAGCGCUGGCCCAAUUUGGCAUCAUGCCUCUGGCAGCUUUCAGCUUAGCUAAGGCGUUCAAGGUGCAGGAAAUUGCGGCUGUAACGGUUCUGAUCUGCGGCUGCUGUCCUGGAGGAUCCCUCUCCAACAUCCUGACCCUGUUUCUGCAGGGAGACAUGAACCUCAGCAUCGUGAUGACGUCAUGCUCCUCUCUGCUGGCUCUGGGCAUGAUGCCUCUGCUGCUCUACAUCUACUGUCAGGGCUUCGACCUGCAGAACUCGGUGCCCUACCUCAAAAUCAUCACAUCGCUGGUCAUGCUCCUCAUACCCUGCAGCAUCGGCAUCCUCAUCAACCACUACAGGCCGCAGUACUCCAAGAUGAUCACAAAGGUCGGCAUCAUUUUCUUGCUGAUCGCUGUGGUGGCACUGGGCACCCUGUCCAGCAUUGGGAUCGGAGAGUCCAUCCUGACGGUGCUGUCCCCGCAGCUCAUGGCCAUCGCUACUCUCAUGCCCUUCACAGGCUACGCCUUCGGAUACAUCAUCUCCUGGAUCUCCAGGCUCAGCCAGCCGGAGCGGAGGACAGUGUCGAUGGAGACAGGCUGUCAGAACGUCCCGCUGUGCAUCGCCAUCCUGAAACUGGCCUUCCCCGUGGAGCAGGUGGGCGCGCUGUUCCUCUUCCCCAUGGUCUACGCCGCCAUGCAGAUGAUGGAGGCGGCCGUGCUCAUCGUGAUGUUCAGGGGUCACCAGUGGUACACGCUCAAAAAGAAAGAGAAAUACCAGGCAGCAGUCACAGAGGACGAGCUGAAAGAGAAGACUGAGGGAGCUGCAUGAUGGAGCUCUAAACAAAUGUAUUUUUUAAUGACAUGGACUGAAUCCAGUGUGUUGGAGAGAAAAGCACAGAUGAAGAGGAUCAAUUACGAUGUAGUUAAAAUCAUUUUAUUGUUUAAGUCCACCGUUUUC